GUUUUGGUGGUGUUUUUUUCUGGUUUUUAAAUCUUUUUGGGGGUUGGACUCGCUUGUACGUUUUGUUCCGUUUUUGUGCGUUUGCACGCCGGCUCCUUGGAGUUCUGCUUCCCUCGACACUCUACCGGGACCGGCCCAGACCUUUUGGCGCACGGGAUACAAGCGGGGCUGUAUGCAGCACAGGUAACGGGGUUACUUUCGGAUAGUUCAAGACUGGGCUUGGAGACAACCGACAGCGGACCAAGCGGCCCAGGGACCAUGGACGACUCCGGUAUCAUUCGUCGCAGGAGGCUUCAGAAGGACCUUCCCUUGCCAAGGAAAAGCAGUGGCUGUCGGACCAGCAAUCGUAAGAGCCUCAUUCUGACAAGCACCUCCCCCACGCUGCCCCGCCCACACUCCCCCCUGCCAGGACAUAUCGGGACCAGCCCGUUGGACAGCCCCCGAAACUUCUCUCCCAGCACCCCGGCUCACUUCUCCUUCGCCUCCUCGAGAAGGGCGGAUGGGCGACGCUGGUCUCUGGCUUCUUUGCCUUCAUCUGGUUAUGGAACCAACACCCCCAGCUCCACUGUAUCGUCCUCUUCCUCGUCCCAGGAGCGUCUCCACCAGCUUCCCUUCCAGCCCACGAUGGACGAGCUGCACUUCCUGUCAAAGCACUUCGGCAGCACGGAGAGUAUCACCGACGACGAUGGGGGGAGAAGGUCGCCGGCCAUGCGCCCCCGCUCUCGCAGCCUCAGCCCGGGGCGAUCUCCCUCCUGCUAUGACAAUGAGAUAGUGAUGAUGAACCAUGUUUACAAGGAGAGGUUCCCGAAGGCGACGGCUCAGAUGGAGGAGCGGCUUGCAGAGUUCAUCACGCUCUUUUCCCCGGAGAGCGUCCUCCCCCUGGCCGACGGGGUCCUCAGCUUCAUCCACCACCAGAUUGCAGAGCUGGCCAGGGAUUGCCUGGACAAAUCGCACGAGGGCCUCAUCACCACGGUCUACUUCCUCGAGCUGCAGGAGAACCUGGAGAAGAUGCUGCAGGAUGCCUAUGAGCGCUCGGAGAGCUCGGAGGUCACCUUUGUCACCCAGCUAGUUAAGAAGCUGUUCAUCAUCAUCUCCAGGCCAGCUCGUCUGCUCGAGUGUCUGGAGUUUAACCCAGAGGAGUUUUAUCACCUGUUGGAAGCAGCGGAGGACCAUGCCAAAGAGGGACACCUGAUGAAGACAGACAUCCCGCGGUACAUCAUCAGCCAGCUGGGACUGACCCGGGACCCCCUGGAGGAAAUGGUGAAUCUCCAGAGCUACGACAGUGAGGGUCCCAACACUCCCGAGACAGACGACACCGUCGAGGGGCAGGUGAAGAUGAUGAAGGCCCCGAGCGAAGGAGACUUUCAGACUGUCAAACUCAUCAGCAACGGAGCGUACGGCGCCGUGUACCUGGUCCGACACAGUGACACCCGGCAGCGCUUUGCCAUGAAGAAGAUCAACAAGCAGAAUCUGAUCCUGAGGAACCAGAUCCAGCAGGCCUUCGUGGAACGAGACAUCCUGACCUUCGCGGAGAACCCCUUCGUGGUCAGCAUGUUCUGCUCCUUCGAGACGCGCCGUCACCUGUGCAUGGUCAUGGAGUACGUGGAAGGAGGGGACUGUGCCACUCUGCUGAAGAGCAUCGGCGCCCUGCCGGUGGAAAUGUCCAGCCUCUACUUCGCCGAGACAGUGCUGGCGCUGGAGUACCUGCAUAAUUAUGGGAUUGUGCAUCGGGACCUCAAACCAGAUAAUCUUUUGAUCACGUCAAUGGGACACAUCAAGCUGACAGACUUCGGACUGUCUAAGAUGGGUCUGAUGAGCCUGACCACCAAUCUGUACGAGGGGCACAUCGAGAAGGAUGCCAGGGAGUUUCUGGAUAAGCAGGUGUGCGGGACCCCUGAGUACAUUGCCCCCGAGGUGAUCCUGAGACAGGGCUACGGGAAACCAGUGGACUGGUGGGCGAUGGGCAUCAUCCUGUAUGAGUUCCUGGUGGGGUGGCAAAACUCCUUUGGUGACACCCCCGGCUCCUCGCAAACCUUCCAGUAGUCGCCAUUUGGACAGGUCAUCAGCGAUGAGAUCGCCUGGCCGGAGGCUGACGAAGCUCUCCCUCUUGACGCCCAGAACCUCAUCUCCGCUCUGCUCCAGACCAACCCGCUGCUCCGAGUGGGGACCGGUGGUGCUCACGAGGUGAAGCAGCACCCCUUCUUCAAGGACCUGGACUGGAACAGCCUGCUGAGACAGAAAGCAGAGUUCAUUCCUCACCUGGAGUCUGAGGAAGACACCAGCUACUUCGACACACGAUCGGACCGCUAUCAACACAUCAAUUCGUACGAUGAUGACGACACUAACGACGAUGAACCAGUGGAAAUCAAACAGUUCUCUUCCUGCUCUCCCAGAUUCAGCAAGGUGUACAGCAGUAUGGAGCAGCUCUCCCAGCUUGAACACAAGCCCCCCACAGUCACCAAACGGGACCCCAAGAAGCACAGAGAUGACAAAGUGACCAAGCGAGAGAGCCUGGGCAGCUUCGGGGUGCGAGAGAAGCAGUGGAGGACCAGCUCCCCAGAGAUGAAGCGGCUGUCCGCCUCAGAGUCUUCAUUCACAGAGAGCGACUCCAGCCCCCCCCUGGCUGUGCGGCGUCGAUUCUCCGCUCUCAUGGACACGCACCGCUUCGCCUCCCCACUAGAGGGAGACCCUGAGCCGCGGCUCAAACAGACCCAGAGCAAACCCGCCCCAGAGGGAGGGGCUUCCGCCGCCGGCAGCCAAUCGGAGCAGAGACCCCCCACGGAAGGCAAUGGGGCCGCUGGAGUGGUCCCAGGGGACAAGUCCCCGAGGAAUGGAGAGACUCCCCCAGCUCAGAAGGAGGGCCCGAGCCCCUCUGAGCCCUCGGCCGCCCGCGCCACCAACGACCUGGUCCUGCGAAGAGCCAGACACCAGCAGCUCUGCGGAGACUCGGCUGAGAAACGCAGCUCGAGGUCGGGCACCAAGGUCAUCAAGUCGGCUUCCACCACCGCGCUCUCCGUUAUCAUCCCCGCAGUGGAGCAGCAUGGCGGCUCCCCCUUGGCCAGCCCCAUGUCUCCUCGCUCGCUCUCCUCCAACCCCUCGUCCCGGGACUCCUCCCCCAGCCGGGACUACUCUCCGGCAGUCAGCAGCCUGCGCUCCCCCAUCACCAUCCACCGCUCUGGGAAGAAAUACGGCUUCACCCUGAGAGCCAUCCGCGUCUACAUGGGAGACAGCGACGUGUACAGCGUGCACCACAUGGUCUGGCACGUAGAGGAGGGAGGCCCCGCCCAGGAGGCAGGGCUCUGUGCCGGUGACCUCAUCACGCACGUCAACGGAGAGCCCGUCCACGGAUUGGUUCACACAGAGGUCGUGGAGCUCAUUCUAAAGAGUGGGACCAAAGUGACAGUGACGACCACUCCCUUUGAGAACACCUCCAUCAAGAUCGGACCGGCCCGCAAAUCCAGCUACAAAUCCAAGAUGGCGCGGCGCCACAAGAAGACGGUGGCCAAAGAGGGACAAGACAGCACAAAGAAACGGAGCUCUCUGUUCCGGAAGAUCACCAAGCAGUCGAACCUUCUUCACACGAGCCGGAGUCUGUCCUCCCUGAAUCGCUCUCUGUCCUCCAGCGACAGUCUGCCCAGCUCCCCGACUCACAGCCUGUCUGCCAGGUCUCCAACGCAGAGCUAUCGCUCCAGCCCCGACACUGCCUACCUGGGUGCCUCAUCCCAAAGCAGCUCUUCCGCCUCCAGCACCCCAAACUCUCCUGCUGCCUCCCACCACAUGCGCCCCAGCAGCCUGCACGGGCUGUCCCCCAAACUGCACCGGCAGUACCGCUCCGCCCGCUGCAAAUCCGCUGGGAACAUCCCCCUGUCCCCGCUCGCCCACACCCCGUCCCCGACCCAGUCCUCCCCACCGCCUCCGCCCAUCCCGGGACACACUGUCGGAAGCUCCAACACCACCCAGACCUUCCCUGCCAAGCUGCACUCCUCCCCGCCCGUGGUGAGGCCGAGGCCCAAGAGCGCCGAGCCGCCCCGCUCCCCCCUGCUGAAACGGGUGCAGUCCGCGGAGAAGCUGGGCGGCCCGCUGCUCUCCGACAACAAGAAGGUGGUGCUGCGCAAGCACAGCCUGGAGGUGUCCCACUCGGAGUACCGCAAGGAGUCCUUCCACAGCGAGCUGGGGCUGCAGAGCCUGCUGGAGUCGGAGGGGGAGAACGUCGGCCCCUCCUCUUCCUCCUGCGAGAACGGGUCUUUCAAGCAGGCGGCGGUACGAAAGAUCGGCCGCCAGGAGUCUCCGCUCAGCAGGGAUGCUCUUUUGGUGGGAAGAGCCUCGGAAAAGGCUUCGGAAAAGGCUUUGGAAAAGAUUUCGGAAAAGAUUUCAGAAAAGGCUUUGGAAAACGUUUCGGAAAAGGCUUUGGAAAUGUCUGAUGGAAAGACGGGGCAGGAGAGAUGCGGGGAAGCAAGGUCAAGCGCUCCCACAGCUCCCGGCUUAAUUCCUCCCAAAGAAGACGCUAGGCUACCCUCGGCAUCCAAGGAAGCUAAGCCGGGAGAUCCAAAGAAAUCGCAGAGCGGGGAGCUUCCCAAGCUGGACGGAAUGAUGGCUGGACACCCAUCGGAAUGUGGAAGUCCAGGGUCAAGCAAGACAGGAGGGGAUCUUCAAAGAUCUGGGCAGAAAAGCACCCCGUCCUGUACCCCAGUUCUCGGGACGUCCAAGUUAGAGACGGCUAGCAAAGACUGCAGACCCAAGACCCCAGAGAAAGAGCAGGACAGCAGGGAGUCCGAUCCCACGGACAGGAAGCACCAAGAGGUGCAGACUGAGGCCCCCACCUUUAUUGGCGCCAGGAGUCAGGACAAAAGCGUCCGGCUGGAGGCAAAGAAAGAGAGUCCAGAGUCUCCCAAAGGACUCCUUCAGACUGGCGCCACAUUUCAAGGCAAGACUGGACCGAUACCAAUGGUGAUAGAACCGGUGCUGAGAGAAGAGGGGCAGAAGACAAGUUUGGAGCCGAAGACAAGCCCGGUUGUGACGCGUCAAAGCCAGCCGAAGAGACCAGACUCUGUGGUCAAGGAUGCAGCCAUGGCAAACUGUUUCAGAGCUUCGGAGAAGAAGGAGAAAUGGUUCCUGGAAGUGGUGGAAGAACAUACCACUACCAUCUCUUCUCCGAGCAAACCGCGGCCUGUUUCUCCCGGGGAGAAAUCCAGUUUUGUCACCCAGCUGGCAAGCGUGGCCAAGAACGUCCUGUCGCCAAUUAAAACGAGCUCCCCCGGGCCGGAAGGACUCAAGGGAAAAGACAGCCCCAGAUCUGUGGAGGAGAAACGGGGGAGCUUUCCAGGAAAGGCCGAGGCUGCGUCCGGGAGCAGGCUGGUUACCUUAGCGACGCAGCAGGGCCUAGUCGGGGCGGCGCAGCCUGACAAAACCGAAAGCUCCCCUAGAUAUCAUUAGCGUUUCUCACUUUAGCAAGGGAAGAAGUUACAAAUCGAAUGCCUUUUGAAGUUAGAGAACAAUGCAAGGUGUGUGGUAGAAGAGAGACUGUGUUGGGAGAGAAAGUAUCACUUAAAAGAGAUUAAAAAAACAAAGGUG